UCCGCUUUGUUAAGGCAACACGCGUGCCAAAAUCAAGUUCGAGCGCGUGCUAAAAAAAUAAGAUGGAUCGAGAGAAAGCUGUUAAUUGACCAUGAUUAUUCAAAAGAGAAAGAGUUGAAUAAGAUUAUCACCUCCAUAAGUCAAAUAAGUCAAUGUUAUGUAUUUUUCAGGUAUACAUUAGCCGGGAUACUACAGCAUUGAUUAGAGUGUUUUUGCAAGUUAACUGUAGAUUUCAGGUUUACACUACCCAGGAUACUACAGGAAUGAUUAGAACAUUUUUGGAAGUUAACUGUAGAUUUCAGGUAUACACUACCCAGGAUACUACAGGAAUGAUUAGAGCAUUUUUACGAGUUAACCAUAGAUUUCAG